AUCUGUUGUUGGUUCUGUACUUGCUUGUAAGUGUAAUAUUAAACCCAGACAGACAUCCUCUAGUUUGUGGGUCUUUUAUUACAGAAACUGCCACCACAGCCUUCAUCAUGAAGCUCCUGGUCUCAGUGUUCCUGCUACUGGUUCUCAGUUAUCCAGCCACAGCUGAAGUUGUGACGUCGUUUACAACAUGCAAUAACUUUUUCUUCAACCAUCAACCACCCAACGGGACAUUAGGUACUCAAUACAAGAUGAUCUGCCAAAAGACUGAAGAUGGUUAUGAAUAUGCGACGCUCUAUGACACCGACAAUAAGAUCCCUGUCUACUCUGCAUAUGAUUUUCAAGGAAUACGCACUAAGACAGCGGACUGGGACAUUGAACCUCAGCUGGAUGACCAGAACGGUGGAGACUUCAUGGCUUCUGAGGGCAAAGUCAAUCGUUACCUAAGAGGCAAAAAUCAAGCACUGGAUGAAGAUUACGCCGGCACUUCAAAUGUCUACGAUAGGGGACACCUGCUUCCAGUCCAUCACCGACAUUCCCAGGCAAGUCCGGACGCCACAUUCACCCUCACAAAUGCUGCUCCACAGCAUAAAACCUUUAACCGAGGACAGUGGAAGGCAACAGAGCGUGUAGUAGCAAAUAUGUUGACAAUCAACUGCUUGAACCGUGGUUUUCAUGCCUAUAUUGUUACUGGUGUGGUGCCUGGAAAUGCACAUAUCGGGAAACAGGUUAACGUUCCCAGUCAUUUCUGGAGCGCCUACUGUUGCAGAGACAACAAUGACAGACUUCAGCUCUCUGGCGCCUUCUAUGGGGACAAUGAUCAGACCAACACAGUAACAACAACCACAAUAGCCGGCCUGGAUGGAGUGCUCACUACACUCUAUGGCUUGACUAGCUUCGAAGUGUUCGCAAAUAAAUGUCAAUAAGCUCCCUGAGUUUCAAACAGCCAGUCAAGAUCUUCGUAGUUGCCCCCCCCCCCUUCCCUUACAGGCAACCUGCGGCCUACAAAGGCAAAAAGCAGUAACUUCUGUUACUGAAUUUUGCUUUUGUACAGCAGGGUAGCCAUCAUCUAUUACCACUAUCUGCUGCCCCAAACGCAGUAACUACAAUUUGAUCCAAAAUGCUUGCUAAUUAUGCUAAUGCUAGGUAGCAAUAAUGUUAAAGGACCAGUGUGUAAGAUUUAGUGAUAUCUAUCAGAACAAACUUGGCAGAAAUAGAAUUUAAUAUUCAAUUUAAUUUCUAAUAUUCUAAAUCCUUCACACUGGUCCUUUAACAGAGAUUGUCUGGAGUCAUCUGCCAAUAAAGAUACUACAUCAGAGAACAAACGUAUUCACAGAGAAGUACUUAUGAUUACUUUCCCUAACCAUUACGUUCCAUGCAUUUCUCUUUGUGCGAGACUGUGUACUAAAUACUGUAACAGCCAUCCAGUAUACAUGAGACAACAGAGUACUAAACUCUGAAGUAUCAGGUUAUAGCUUGUGUUAAUCAAUUCAUAAUAUGAAUAAAAGCAUUUAUAUCUUUUAUCCAUAUAUUUAUCUUCACACAUAAUCUCUCCUGUUGAUUGCCUGAUCAUUAUAACCCUGCUUCUGCAUAGAAAAAGACAUUAAGAUGACCUGUUCAUCAUGAAUAAACAUGGUUUCUGAGUCAGAUUUGUCUGUUUUUUUUAUAUUUCCAAAAUGUUUUGAUGUUUCUUAUGUAACAAAGCUGAAACCACAUAGUAGUAGCCCCUUUGGUAUAAACUCACUCUGAGGUUGACAUAAUCCACUUCUAGUCAGAUGACAGAUGCAGAGACCACAGGUUAUAUACUUUAACUUACCAUCUUUAGAUAAUAAAGGUAGAAAACAUUGUUCCUCUGAAAACCUAAAAUGGAGUCAUAUGACUCUGUUUGGUAGUCAGGUGACCAGGACUUAUGAAUGUUGUGUUCAUUCAUAGUUAAAGACAACAGAGUUUGAGAAUUUCAUUUGAUAUAUCACAUUCACACUCCUACAUGAUUUAGAUUGACUUUACACCUGCAAAUACAUGAGCUGUCCAAAACAUUUCAAAACAGAG